GUGCCCUUUUGUCUUUUAGAUCAGCUCCUGUGCAGAGAGUUGUGAGUUUAUGAAGCGCUUCAGCAGCUUCUGUCACUCUUCCUAGAAGGAGUCACAGGAAAACUUCAGUCUUUUGUUCCAAGAAUUCAGCAGCAUCCCAGAGCGGCAUCGGAGCCUUGACCUGCUGAGUGGAUGGCAGCACCCCUAAAAUGUGUCUCCCUCGGCGGACAUCCAGCCCAGGCUUAGCAGUGCCGUGUCCCGCUGCCUCCUGAUAUGUGCCCCGGUGGCCUGGGGCGGGCUGCGUGGGGCAGGGCCCGAUGCCGGUGAUCCCCAUUCCCCGGCGGGUGCGCUCGUUCCACGGCCCCCACACCACCUGCCUGCACUCCGCCUGCGGCCCCGUGCGCACCACGCACCUGGUGCGCACCAAGUACAACAACUUCGACAUCUAUCUCAAAUCGCGAUGGAUGUACGGCUUCAUCCGCUUCCUGCUGUACUUCAGCUGCAGCCUCUUUACCUCCAUCCUCUGGGUGGCUCUCUCGAUCUUGUUUUGCCUUCAGUACCUCGGCAUCCGCAUCUUCCUGCGCUUCCAGUACAAACUCUCCAUCAUCCUGCUCUUGCUGGGGCGGAGGCGGGUGGACUUCAGCCUCAUGAAUGAACUGCUCAUCUACGGGAUUCAUGUGACCAUGCUGCUGGUGGGGGGGCUGGGCUGGUGUUUCAUGGUCUUUGUGGAUAUGUAAAUAAAACCAAGAGCAUGUGGGAUCAGGAGGUGAUUUUUCUUCUACCCCCGAAAUGUGUCAAUAUCCUCUACUCUUUUUUUUUUUUUUCUUCUUUAAUAUAAAUUAACUUAUUUCUCAGUGCUAUUUUUUUUUUUUGUGGAUAAAUGAAUGUACUUGUG